CAAGGGGGCGUGUCCAUGUGCAGGUGGGUGAAACGGGCAGGUGCCAUACCUCCUUACCAAAGACGUGGUAAUGGCUUCUGUCUUUUGUGAAAAUUGCUCCCGGCUGCUCAAAAACAUUACUGCACAGUUGAGGAGAGUUUGCAGAGAGCUUGAGAGAAAAAUAAGAGACGUUUUUAGAGAAGUUUGUCAGUGCAGCUGCUUCAGGACUACACCUGAGAGGAGUUCCCUGAGGAGAACGACUCAAGAGUUGGCCUCUUUACACCUGCUGCGUGAUGCUGAAACGCAGCUACUUAACCAGGAAAGUCUGCAAGCACUGAACAGACUUGCAACCUCAGAACACACUGAUCUACAAAUGACUGCAGCCAUGUAUUAUUUACAUCUCAGUCACUGCUUAAAAUCUCCCUUACCAGAUGCCUUCUUGGAGCCAAUCAUAGUCUUACUUUUAUCAAAUGACCUGGAUGUGCAAAAGACUGUCUCUCUCUGCUUGGUCAAUCUGUUAGUAAAAAAUAAUGUGUGCAAAGAGUUGGUGAUUGAAAUGGGGAUGCUGGUGCCCUUGCUGGAGUUUUUCCAGUCUGGUGAUGCCACCGCUCAAUGUCACUCCUGUGCCUGCAUCACCAUGCUGGCCUCCUCAGAAUCAAACAGAGAAGCUUUAGUGGUAGAGGGAGUCGUACCACUGCUGGCUUUAGCAAAAUCCUACGACCCGCAGGUGCAACAGAACGCAACUUGGGCUCUGUUACAUCUAUCGCAGUCAGAUUACUCAGCAAGGAUCUUAUGCCAAGCAGGAGCCGUUCCUGUGCUGGUGCUUCUGCUGCAGUCCUCAAAUUCGGAGGUUCAGUUUUACAGCUGCAGCGCUCUGUGCAACAUCGUUGCUGUCCAGGAGCUCCACCAAAGGCUGCUCAGCACUGGGGGUCAUUUUUUGUUAAAAUCUCUUGUGACUCUCUUGUCUUCCUCUGUGCAAAAGAAUUCAGGCCAAGCAUGCAGAUGCCUACAGACUCUCUCAAAGAAUGUUCUGAUCCAGGAGCAGCUGAUGGAGCUUGACUGUGUGUUACCCCUGAAGGCUCUGCUGAAAACCUCUGCUCCUGAGUCAGCCAUAACGCUACUGUCUGCACUGUCUGCACACCCGCCCAACAAUGAUGUCCUGGUGAGUGAGGGACUGCUGGAUGAAAUCGGUCAGCUGCUUCAUCGUCACAGAUCCAACUCUGUUGUAAUCACACACAGCUGCAAGAUAAUCGCUGACCUUUGUAGCUCCUGUAUGGGUCAGCAGGCUGUCGUGGAAAGUCUGUGUUUGUCAGGACUCCUCUGGGCCCUGCUGUCACCCACACUAUCAGAUGAGACCUUGCUGAAUGUGACGUCUCAGUUACAGCGCCUGAUGACCUCGGAUGCAUUUAAGUCUAACGCGUCGCUGAGAAUGACAUCUGAACAAGUCACAAGACUCGUGAAGUUGUCGGGACAAAUGCAAAAUCUUCAGCUGUCAUACAACAGUGCGGCUAUCAUCAGUAAAGUAGAAAUGACAGGGGAGAUGAUCCAGCUGCUGAGACCUCACUACAUCAACAUGUUGGACUACCUGUUAGCGUUCCUCCGAGAGAAAGACGUUAAGUUCCAGCAGCUUGGCAUAGUUACAAUAUUCAACCUCAAGAAAGAUGGAGACUUCUCAUCUCUGCUGGCUCAGAGCGAGUUGGAGGUUCAGCUCAGGAAGGUUCAUGUGCAGACAGAGGAAACCAGGCGGCUCCUGCAAAUGAUUCAGCCCGUCUUUCCAUCCUGUGAUGACCCUUGACUUUUGUCAGUGUGAGCUGUACGAGGCCUUCACAUUCAUGCACUGAAUGGACAAGCUGCAUUUUUAUAUCGAGUGUUUAUUUUACACCAGUGUUUUUAGUUUACAGUCAACAAAUUAAGUGAAAAACAAGGCAGAGGAGUGGCAUUGUAUCAACUUUAAUUAAAUAUGGCAUAAAUUUCAAUUUUUAAACAGUUUACCAAGUGACAGAUAUAAGCAGUACUUCUACUAUAAGAUCAAAUACUGAUGAUCAGAUACAUUUGUUUUUAUAUGCUUUUAUUAUAAUAAACUCACCUAACCCCUAGGUCUCAAA